AUAGGUCUCCCCGCAUUGUGACGCAGGCGCCGUCUGCCUGGCAACCGCGCCGCAGGUGUGAUCAGGGGGCGGAGCAUGGCUGCGGAGCGCCGGUGGCGGUGACGGAGUAACCCCGAGCUGGGGAGCCGCUCUCCCCCCUCCAUGGCGGCCCCACAGCGGGUGCGGGCCGUGCUGGACGUGUCCCUGCGGGUGCCCUCGGUGUUUGUCAUCGACGCCAUCUUGAACUCGUCCCACGAUGACUCUGCCGGCCUCCUGGCCUUCCUCCUGCAUGCCGGCCUCCGGAUACUGGGUGAGAGCCCCGCACCGACCGACCGACCGACCGACCGACCGACUGACUGACUGACUGACUGCAUGCCGGCCUCCGGAUACUGGGUGAGAGCCCCACACCGACCGACCGACUGACUGACUGACUGCAUGCCGGCCUCCGGAUACUGGGUGAGAGCCCCACACCGACCGACUGACUGACUGACUGACUGACUGCCAGCCUCGGGCUACUGGGUGAGAGCCCUGACCGACCGACCGACCGACUGACCGACUGCAUGCCGGCCUCAGGCUACUGGGUGAGAGCCCCACACCGACCGACUGACUGACUGACCGACUGCAUGCCGGCCUCAGGCUACUGGGUGAGAGCCCCACACCGACCGACUGACUGACUGACCGACUGCAUGCCGGCCUCAGGCUACUGGGUGAGCGACUGACUGACUGCCAGCCUCGGGCUACUGGGUGAGAGCCCUGACCGACCGACCGACCGACUGACCGACUGCAUGCCGGCCUCAGGCUACUGGGUGAGAGCCCCACACCGACCGACCGACCGACUGACUGACUGACCGACUGACUGCAUGUCGGCCUCAGGCUACUGGGUGAGAGCCCCGCACUGACUGACUGACCGACUGACUGACCGACCGACUACAUGCCAGCCUCCGGCUACUGGGUGAGCGACUGACUGACUGACUGACUGCAUGCCGGCCUCCGGAUACUGGGUGAGAGCCCCACACCGACCGACUGACUGACUGACUGACUGCAUGCCGGCCUCAGGCUACUGGGUGAGCGACUGACUGACUGCCAGCCUCGAGCUACUGGGUGAGAGCCCGCACUGACCGACCGACCGACAGCUGCACUACUACAGCUCCCAGCAUGCUCUGCCAGCAUUCAUUCUCUACCCACUGGGUGACACAAGUCUUAUGGUGCAGAGCAUGAUGGGAGUUGUAGUUGUGAAACAGCUGGGGAUCCUACCACAUACUGUCUCCACCAGCCUUAGCUGGUCAAAGCUUAGAUUACUAAUAAGUGUACAACUACAACUCCCAUGAUGUUGUUUAAGCAUUUAUUUUGGCUGAGGAUAUUUGGCAUUAUAUCACAGCACAUUGAGGGGGGGUGUGUGUGUGUGUAUCUAUAUGUAUAUAUAUAUAUGUAUGUGUGUGUGUGUGUAUGUGUGUAUAUAUAUAUAUUCAGACUAUCUUAUAGCAGAAGUUGAGUACCUCCUGAUUAAUGCCUUGUCAGACGUUAUGCUGUCGGUUUGAUGGGAGUUGUAGUUAUGCAACACUUGGGUGACUGACCAUAUAUUGUCCACACCAUCCUGGGCUAUCCAAAGCCUAAAUUACCAGCAAAUGUUGAAGUAUAUUGGCAGCCCCUUUGCCCUGCUGAUCAUAUAGGGACUUGUAAUUUUACAACAGCUGGCAAUCACUGGCCUCUGCCUCUGUUGGCCUUCUCAGGGACUGCUGUUCUUAUGGCACAUAUGCAACCAUGUGGGUGACAGUGCACCAUGAGAAGAGCUGUCCAAAAUAGGAUAUGCCAAAGGUUACAUAGAAGGUGUAUAUUGGCUCUGCUACAACAAACAGGAUAUUCUCAGGACACCAGUGUUUGGGGAAAAAAAAAAACUGGAUUGAGAAAUAACUAAUGUACUUGAUAAUGUGAAAAGGGACUGUCUGGAUUAUUAAGUAUAGAGGAAAUACCUUUUUUUUUUUUUUUUUUAAAUUUAUUUUUUUUAUUAAAUAUAUCGAAGCUUAAGAGUAGUUGCAAAAAAAAAAAUAAUGUUAUGCUAAUUUGCAAUUCCAUGUUUACUUUUAGGUUAUUCAUUAACACUUCAAAUGUCAGAAGUGAAAAGUGAAUUUCAUAUUCUAGGCCAAAAUAGUUGAACUUAAAUCAUAGUUGACAUUUUAUUUGAGAUUUACUUUGAAUUUCCAAAAUUCACAUUUUGAGAAUAGAUUCUGUGAGUUUAUUACAAUGAAUUGUAUCCAUUGGUAAGCUAAGCCAAUAUUGUGAAUGACGUUUGCCUUUCUGCAUAAAAAGUUUUUUUUUUCAUUUCAUGAGAAAUGCAAUCAACAAUGGCUUCAGUUCCAAAGGUUAGACAUCCAUAUGCUAUCUGAUCUUUGAAAGCUGUCUGAUACAUGUCAGGCAGGAAGAUAGUAUGGACUCUGCAUGUGCGAGUACCUGUGAAGCUGUUCUGGAAUAUUGUACAAUAUAAAUGUUUGACCACUCCUCUGUGAUAGAGGCUGUUUUCUUCACAUAAGGAGUCCUCAGGCACAGCGUGAACCUGUAUGCGUUGUGUGACUCGGGGCUUGACAAAAUUUGCUUUGAAUCUAGGAGCCAGGAAUAUUUUUUUUUAUUUAACAAAGCUUUAUCAACAAUAAAAAUGCAAUUCGCAAAGGGACACUAGUCCCCAGAACCACUACAGUUUAAUGUAGUGGUUCUGCUGUCUCUGAAUGCUUUUCAAUGUAAACACUAACUUUUCACGCUUAGUAACACCUCUAGUGGUAGUCACUUAGCCUCUAGAGGUGCUCUCUAGUCCAGGUGAGUUAAGUAGUAUGCAGCACCUGCAUUUAGCGUCUCCACGCUUUGCACGGAGGUGCUGAUUGUUUCAAUGCAUCUCUAUGAGGAGAUGUCAAUUGACGCGAUAUGGCGUUUUGCUGCACAUGCACAAUACCCUACCUUUCCUAUGGCAAAGCAUUGGAUUGGUUGAGCUCAUCAAGCUUAAUGCUCUCAGGCAAUGGAGAUCAGCGCAGCAUUGGGGGGGAAAUGGGGAGUAAACACCUUUUCUAUGCUAUCGGAGGGGGACCAGUCAUUUAAAAAAAAAAAAAAAAUUAGUUUUUUUUUUAGUAUGCAAUAACCUCAUCUCUAGCUUUUAGUAUAUAUGAUCCUUCCGCCUUAUACCUGUACCUGGCUGAAGGAUCCUGUCAUAUAUUAAAGGCAGGGAUGAGCUUUUUUUCGUUUUUAAUUAAAAAAAAAAUAUAUAUAUUUUUUUUUUUACAUAUACCCUAUAUACUUGUGUAUAAGUAGAGUGCAGUUUUGUGACCAACAAUUGUGAAAUAUGCUAUGCCUCGUGGAUAAGUCGAGGGUGAAAAUUUUGUCAGAAUUUAGCUAGAUAACAUGACAUAAUCGUAUGUAUGUAUGUGUGUGUAUGUGUGUGUGUGUGUAUAUAUAUAUAUAUAUAUUUUGCAGAGUGUGUGUGUGUAAACUGGGUGGGGGGAGGGCAUUUUUAUUAAAAAAAUUUUAAUUUUUUUUUCCCCUCCCUGCUUACCUGGUCAGGGAGGGGGCCUAUCUUCAUCCCUGGUGGUCCAGUGGAUGGGCUGUGCAGACUCGAGUAUAAGUCGAGUGGGGAUUUUUUAGCACCAAAAAUGUGCUGAAAAACUCGACUUAUACUCGAGUAUAUACGGUACUUAAUUUACAGAAAUCUAGUUCCUUUCAAAGCUUGAUGAAAUGAUUAUAUUAAAGAAAUGCUCCACUGCAAAAAUGGGUGAUAAAUAAAUCACUGUUUCGUAGAUAAAGCUCAAUAAAUACAUGCAUGUGUUCAUUGGGGUAUAUCUUAAAUGCUCCGGAACACUGCAGCCUUUCAGUCUCUUCACAGGGAAAUAAAGGCUCUGAAUUGGUGCCCUCGCGUGCAUGCACGCAUAUUUGGUAUGAGGUCUGGGUGAGCUGAUCUGAAGUCUGUGUGGGAGGAGGCAGGUGCGCUGAAGUAGAGCACGCCUGCUACUUCUGUUAGUUCGAGGUAGCUAGCUGAAGGAGGAUGCAAUCAUCCCUGGCUGUUCCAUAGUUUAUUAUAAAAGGACAGAUCUCUCUUAGAACUAGUGUUUAAAUAGAAUACUCCUCACCCAUGAAGCAAUUCAGCAAGCUCUAUAUGACAGAGGCCUAUUAAUACAUUUAGCCAAGUUGACCUAUGUUUCAAUUGCAGAUGGGAAUCACAAUUUUAAUGCUGACAAAAAAAAACACGACUGCAUUCAAUCUAUUAUUGCCCUAAAAUUAAUGUGAGCAAUGGCAGUCUGGUCAAAACUGGUUUAGUGAGUAAACCCCUAUGUUUUUUUUUCUAUUUUAUCAUGGUUUAACAUAACAAUGCUGAAGUUUAUAAAGUUUACCAGUCUAUAUCUACAAAAUUUAUGAAAAAGCAUGGGGGAAAGUUUCUCUUACGUUAAGGUGUGGGCAAUAAACCAGUCUGUCUUGUUUGUUUAACCUUUGUGGCUUCAGCCUGGCUUAUGUAUAGUGGUAAGUGAUUAAUGCAAAUUUAUCUGAAAAUCAUGUCGGUGAAGGAAGGAAAUGACUGCUCCAAUAUUUCUUAUAAAAAGAUAAUGACUGACCGUUUGACAGAGUAUAUUUUCCUCAUCAUAUAAGCCCAUCGUUGUUAACCCUUUGCAGACUUUAAAAGCUUACUUAUAAGAUCUACCCAGAUUGAUUUGUAAUUUAGAAAGCUGCACAAGCCCUGUUUGUAUAUAAAUGAUGGUGAGAAUGCACCAACUUUGAUUUUGUAGCGUUUGUGUGGGAGUUACUCUUUUUUUAAAGGGAAUCUAUAGUCCCAAAAAUACUAUAGGUAUCCCUUCCGUCCACACCUCCUUGCCCUGUAAAAAUGACCUAAAUAAAUAUUACUCCUCUCGUUUCCAGCUCUAGGACACUUUGGCUGCAGCACCAACUUCUGGUGAUUUCAACAAGCCUGCUGACUUCACCUGUGGUGUCUUCCAGUUCAAUGCUUCUCAUAGAGAAGGAUUGGAAAGAAUAGCACAUGUGCAGUAAAACGCAUUGCAGACGUUUUUUUCGGUUCCUUCAGGCAACAAGCAUCGGGCCAGGAGAUCAGCUGCCUCUUCCCCCUGGCGGCAAGGAUCACCACACACGAUCGCUGGAAGCACCCUGGAGCUGGUCUGUUAAUGCAGGUUAACAGACUGUCUGUCGGUUCAAGAUAUAAUGCCCAAGAUACUGGUGACUGAUCUAAAUACAAGCCAUUAUCCAGCUCCUCCCCCCACCACGGGAUUCUUAAUUACUAUGUUUAAACUUUAAAAAAAAAAAAAAAUUGUAAAUCAAUUUUUGUACUAAAUGUACAGUAUACCUUUUCAGCAAGGCAAUAUAAAUCAAAGCGAUAUUAAGGAUUUCACAAGUGCAUAGAAUGUUGAAAAUAAAGGAUCCGAGCACUUCAGUUAGAAAUGUGGUCUUUAUCAAGUUUAGUUUUAGUCAAAACAUGUUCGAUAUGGCGGCGAGCUGCUGCUGUAGACUUUAAAGAUAAUUUAAAUAAUUUAUGCUUGGCUAUCUUGGUUUUCUGUUGUAGUUUUGUUUGUGAGGAAUAGAAUUGGCCUUGGGUGCUGCAAAGAGGAACAUAUUAAGUUUGUAGCAACUGUUUACGAAAUGUACUGAAAUGUAAUUAAGAAGUUUGCUACACAUCCUUAUUCUAGUUUCAGCGCAAUAUCCGUACUGAUUGAAUCAAUGGUGCUGUAAUCAUAUUAUUUGCACCUUCUCUACAACCUGUUAAAGGAACACUCCAUACACCAUAACAACUACAGUCCUGCAGGACAAGUCAGGUGUCUUAACUGCGCUGAGCCUGGCCAAUCCUGCACUGUGCUAAUUGGCUGCAAGUGCUAAGUUGACAUUCUCAGCCUGUGAGCGUGGCCCUGCUUAGCUCAGAGUAGAUAAUGGGAUUUUCCUAAAAGGGGGCCUGAGAAGUUCAUGGUUAUACUAGGAAGGCACUAGGGCACUACUGGCGGUAGUGGUUAGUGCUUGGAGUGUUCCUUUUAAAGCCAACCUUUCUUUUUAAAUGAUAUUUGAUUUUAUUACCCGCUUAUAUAGCAGGCUAGGUGUGUCUCUCCUCCCAGGGUCCUGUACUAUACAAAUAUUUAACAAACUCUAUGCAAUGUAGUAUUGCAUGUGAUUUGCGCUUAUUUUAAUGCUAGGUUGAUCUCCGGGUACUGAAGUGGUGCAUGGACAAAUUGUACUAUAGAAAAUGGUCUCUGAUAAAAAUCCAUUAACAAAAUGGUGGUCAACUUCAGCUUGGUGUGUACUUUUAAACAAACUUAGAAACAUAGAAUGUGACAACAGAUAAGAACCAUUCGGCCCAUCUAGUCUGCCCAAUUUUCUAAAUACUUUCAUUAGUCCCUGGCCUUAUCUUAUAGUUAGGAUAGCCUUAUGCCUAUCCCACGCAUGCUUAAACUCCUUACUGUGUUAACCUCUACCACUUCAGCUGGAAGGCUAUUCCAUGCAUCCACUACCCUCUCAGUAAAGUAAUACUUCCUGAUAUUAUUUUUAAACCUUUGUCCCUCUAAUUUAAGACUAUGUCCUCUUGUUGUGGUAGUUUUUCUUCUUUUAAAUAUAGUCUCCUCCUUUACUGUGUUGAUUCCCUUUAUGUAUUUAAAUGUUUCUAUCAUAUCCCCCCUGUCUCGUCUUUCCUCCAAGCUAUACAUGUUAAGAUCCUUUAACCUUUCCUGGUAAGUUUUAUCCCGCAAUCCAUGAACCAGUUUAGUAGCCCUUCUCUGAACCCUCUCUAAGGUAUCAAUAUACUUCUGAAGAUACGGUCUCCAGUACUGUGUACAAUACUCCAAGUGAGGUCUCACCAGUGUUCUGUACAAUGGCAUGAGCACUUCCCUCUUUCUACUGCUAAUACCUCUCCCUAUACAACCAAGCAUUCUGCUAGCAUUUCCGGCUGCUCUAUUACAUUGUCUGCCUACCUUUAUGUCAUAUGAAAUAAUCACCCCUAAAUCUCUUUCCUUAGAUGUUGAGGUUAGGACUCUAUCAAAUAUUCUGUACUCUGCCCUUGGGUUUUUACGUCCAAGAUGCAUUAUCUUGCACUUAUCCACAUUAAAUGUCAGUUGCCACAAUUCUGACCAUUUUUCUAGUUUACCUAAAUCAUUUGCCAUUUGGCUUAUCCCUCCUGGAACAUCAACCCUGUUACAUAUCUUAGUAUCAUCAGCAAAAAGACAUACCUUACCAUCAAGACCUUCUGCAAUAUCAUUAAUAAAAAUAUUAAAGAGAAUGGGUCCAAGUACAGAUCCCUGAGGUACCCCACUGGUGACAAGUCCAAGCUUCGAAUAUAUUCCAUUAACUACAACCCUCUGUUGCCUGUCACUCAGCCACUGCCUUACCCAUUCAACAAUAUUGGAAUCCAAACUUAAAGAUUGCAGUUUAUUGAUAAGCCUUCUAUGUGCAACAGUGUCAAAAGCCUUACUGAAAUCUAGGUAAGCAAUGUCUACUGCACCACCCUGAUAUAUAAUUUUAGUUACCCAAUCAAAAAAAUCAAUAAGAUUAGUUUGGCAUGAUCUCCCUGAAGUAAACCCAUGUUGUCUCUGAUCUUGAAAUCCAUGUGUUUUUAGAUGUUCAACAAUCCUAUCCUUUAACAUGGUUUCCAUCACUUUCCCCACUACUGAAGUAAGGCUUACUGGCCUAUAGUUGCCCGACUCCUCCCUAUUACCUUUCUUGUAAAUGGGCACAACAUUCGCUAACUUCCAAUCUUCUGGGACUACUCCUGUUAACAAUGAUUAGUUAAAUAAAUCUGUUAAUGGUUUUGCUAGUACACCACUAAGCUCUUUUAAUAGCUUUGGGUGUAUUCCAUCAGGUCCCAUUGACUUAUUUGUCUUUACUUUUGACAGUUGAAAUAGAACCUCUUCCUCUGUAAACUCACUUCAUCCUAGCUGUCAUCUGCAUCCAUUUAACAACCAUACACUUAUUUUCUGAAAUCAAUCUUGGCAAGUUCUAAUUAUGCCUCUAGAACAGGGCAGCCCAAUAGGUAGAUCCCCAGAUGUUGUAGAACUACAACUCCCAUGAUGCUUUGUCUUUCUAAAGGCAUGCAAAGCAUCAAGGGAGUUGAAGUUCUACAACAUCUGGGGAUCUACCUGUUCGGCAGCCCUGCGCUAGAAAGUAUCACAUGAUUUCAGGUUGAUAGGCACAAAUACAAUAUUCGGUUAAAAUUAUAUGUUAUGUUUGUAACACCAUCUUCUGUCAAAUACCAGAUCUUUUGUAGUUGUAAAUAAUCUUUAUGGAAAUGUAUGCUUUAUUCCUCUGUAUAUAAUUCUAUCAGCAAAGCAAGCCCCUCGACGGUGGGAUGGGGGGAAUGCGUCAGGCAAAGGUAAAUUCUACUUAUCUGAAUCUGUCCACGUGUGUGCUGCCGUCAACUUCAGGCGGAUCCUCUUCAGCUCCUGGUGCUUUUGCACCAAGAGCCGAAGUCACAGCUGAACUCUUGCGCAUAUAUGAAACCGCGUGAUCCUCCAUAGAUAAAGCCAUUUCUCUGCAGCUGUCAUUGGUGAUGGCUGGGGAACUUUACACUUCUAGACACUGGGCGGAGCUACUGCUGUCUAGAAGUGUCAGGUGUAGAAAUUAUACAGAGAUAGAGUAGUCCCUCAACUUUUCUCUUGACUGGGUUGGAAUUUUAGUUAACAGUUAAUGAGUAUUUCAUAAACAUUCUCUCUCUAUGAAUACUAAUUUCUUAAGGGGCAAGGUGGGGAAUGACAGUCCCGCUUUAAAGCAUGAAACUUAAUCAAAAAUCGAGGAAUUACGUUUAUUGGCUCUCAGCACACAUACGUUGACCUGGAUUCACUUACAGACAAUGCUGCCUGGGAGCAAGAACCUACAAGUGUAGACUUGGCUCAUUCUGUUAGAUUGGUGCUGAAUACCCAGAGCCACACAAUGCUCCAACAGACAUCACAGAGACAGACAAUAUUUGGUCUUUGGGACAAGUGUCUGCAAGUCCAUCUACGUUGGCAAUGACAUUCUAGUUCAUACAUUGGUAUGCAUGCCAGGAAGUGUAAUUCAUGGCUCUCACAGGCUCCCCUUUUCAAAUCCUAUUUUAUUAGUUUGAUAAAUUGGUCAAGUAAAAGGGUGCAUGGUGACAUUCUACCACGGGGUAGGCAACCUUCGGCACUCCAUAUGUUGUGGACAUCUCCCACAAUGUCCUUAAAUCCACAAUGCUGAUAAAGCAUCAGGGGAGAUGUAGUCCACAAAAUGAAGUGUCGAAGAUUUCCUGCCUCUGCUCUAGCACCAGAACUUCUCCAAUAAACUGAAGUGGUUUGAUUGCAUUGAAUGUCUCUAAGUUUGCCAGAUAUUUAAACUGUGUACAUUAACCAGCUAGUGGAGUAUGCAGCCAAACCUGAAUUGCUUCCCUUUAAAAAAAAAAAAAGGGGGGAGGGGGGGGAAUCCUUUUAGCCUCAAACAAAUGUGUCUUCAACACUUUGACUCUGUGGCGCAUUUGUAGAGACACAUGCACAUUAGGUUCCCCUCAUGAUGAAGUUGAACACAGAUUUUUAUUUAUAACACAAUAUAGUGCUCCUUUUACUAAAAUUAUGAACAUCAUUAGACCGAUCCCACCCACGAGGCCAGUACUCAUGAGAGAUACAGCAUCGUCAUAUGAUCUGUUUAACCUUCAUUGGAUAUUAUCACUGAAGUGUAAGUUAUUCCCCUCUAUGUGUAGUAAGCCUUGGGUCCUUAUCAGAAUUAUUUUACUGUAUUGAGUUAGGAAGACCUAGUUAUAUGAAAAUGAGACAUUCAGAGAAUUUUCAAGCACUUAGAUUGUGGAAGAUCAGUCUGAUGCAAAUGCUUAAGGUCCAUUCUGUAAUGGCACAUGUGAGCUAAAAAUCUGUUUGAGGAGACAAAUCAAAGGACAAGCUAAUUAUGUUAUUGCUCAUUCGCAUGUAUUCUGGUUUUGUCCUGUAUGCAUUGCAAAGGAAUCCCUGCCAAGUAUUACUUUGCAAAGUUUAAUUAGAAACAUGUCUGUUUCAAAAUUCCAUAAACCUGGGAAAUGAAUAGACUCUUGUAUGACACGUCACCAAACUAUUCUGAUAAAUGAUUAAAGUGUAUUUGAUGCCAAGUAAGCUGACUCCAGUAUGUUCAUCAGGUGUAACUUAUCUUCAUUUAACUGCAUUUCUGUAAUUAAAACAUAUAUUCUUUCUUGAGUAAGAUGGUGUUGGGUAUAAAUGGUGAUUACAAGUGAAAUGCUGUCCCAAAGUAGUGAAUAACUUUAAAUUUAGUUUCCUACUUUAUUUUUGUCUUAUAUUUUUUUUUCAAAGGAUUUCCUUUAAAAAAAAAAAAAAAAAGACAUUCCAUAUAUGCAAAUACUUUUUUGGUAUACAGGUAGUUCAUAAAGUGAGAACUAAUUUCCCAUAGACACAAUGUAAUAAACAUGGGUUCUGUUCCUGACCAACACAUUUUACUGUUGAAAACCUAAAUUAUUCAGUACAAAUAGAAAAUGAAAGCAUAGCAAAUACAUGUAUGUUGAAGGAAUGUUAAAGGAAUACAUAUCAUAUUAAAAUACCUUCAUCAAAUUAUCUUCAAUACUCAUACUAUUCAAUGAAGAGACAUGCUGCACUUGUUAAAUGGGGGCACCUCUCUUAAGCCCUCCUACUUAUUCAUUUUCUUAAUUAACAGCUUCCCCCUCUUAUUUAUCACUUUUCUUUUACUCCUUUUAUUUUUUACAGCUCUCAAACUGCUCUCCUACUUCAAGCUUGCAUCACUUUUUUUUUUUAGCACAUUUCUGUUAUUCCUUUUUAUUUUUACAGCUCUCAAAGUUUAUUCCUUCUCCCCCUUUUCAGCCCUCCUCCUGCUCCUUACUGUUGCUGCCUGCAAAAAACAUGGCACAAUUGCAAACACACAUACACACAGACAGCUAUGUCAGACACACAGACAAAUCAAGUCAAAUCUAUACUCAAUAGCACACAGUGGAAAAAUAUUAAUGGAUUAAUAUUCAGAUUGGCUGAGACUGUCGAGGAGGCAGAUCAGGGGCAGAGCCAGCACAUGUCAAACACAGCCCUGGCCAAUCAGCAUCUCCUCAUAGAGAUGCAUUGAAUCAAUGCAUAUCUAUGAGGAAAUUUCAGUUUCUGCAUGCAGAGGUUGGAGACACCUGAAUGGCCGUGCUGCAGUUAUAUAAAAUGCAUUUUUAAUUCAGGAAAUUAAAUUAAUGUGCUUUAGCUUCAUCCCCAAGGAACAAGAAUUACCCUUUUUAAUAGAGUUGCAAGGCAGUUUUGUGGUUAUAAGGCCAAACUUAAAGGGACUCUAUAAGCACACAGGCUACUUCAUCUUAAAGAUUGGCACCCAUCAGAGGCAUUUCUGUUCAAAUAGAUUUAAAAUCUAUUUUUAUCAGAUGGUCUAAGAUUGGUUCAGCAUUGGAUUGGCAGAGAUCAUAGAUCUAUAUGAUCUCGGCCAAGGAGGUGGAGCAACCCAUGGGGACCGGCGCUACUAAGCAUAAAUAGUAAGGAAAAUAUUCCCGGCAACCCUUUACAAGUGGGUCAUUGCUGUUCAUUGGGGAUAUAGCUAAACACGUUCAAUUAAUUUCCUGAAUAUAUACAUUUUACAGAUUUUGCAGUAUCCAUACAAUGCUGUGUGUAAGAAAGAUAAAUGCAAAAAUACCACGUUAGAAGAGAUUGGUUUAAAUAAAAUGUAAAUGCGCCUCUGCCUUUUCUUUUUCUUGAAUACCUGUUUCUUUUUGUUGCUUGUUACCUUUUUAUGUUUAUAUUUUUUAGAAUUUGCAGCUCUGUUUUACUGAUGUAUUCUUGGUCAUUUGUCAACUGUUUCCCAUGUUUUGUCUUCAGCUAAAAUGGACACUAUAGUCACCAGAACAAUUACAGCUUAAAGGACCACUAUAGUGCCAGGAAAACAUACUUGUGCCCCCAUCCCCCUGCCCGGCUCUGGAAAGGGGAAAAGGGGUUAAACGUACCUUUUUCCAGCGCUGGGCGGGGAGCUCUCCUCCUCCGUGCCUCCCCGUCGGCUGAAUACGCACGCGCGGCAAGAGCUGCGCGCGCAUUCAGCUGAUCGCAUAGGAAAGCAUUUACAAUGCUUUCCUAUGGAUGCUGGCGUGCUCUCACUGUGAAAAUCACAGUGAGAAGCACGCAAGCGCCUCUAGCGGCUGUCAAUGAGACAGCCACUAGAGGAAAUGGGGAAGGCUUAACCCAUUCAUAAACAUAGCAGUUUCUCUGAAACUGCUAUGUUUAUGAAAAAAUGGGUUAACCCUAGCUGGACCUGGCACCCAGACCACUUCAUUAAGCUGAAGUGGUCUGGGUGCCUAGAGUGGUCCUUUAAUGUAGUUGUUCUGGUGUCUAGCAUGUCCCUGCAGGCAUUUUAAUGUAAAUACUGCUGUUUCAAGAAAAGGCAGUGUUUGCAUUAUUGCUUAAGGACUUCUCCAGUGGCGGUCACUCAGACGGGUACUAGAAGUGCUUCCAUUCUCUGCACGGAGACACUGAACAUUCCCCAUAGAGAUGCAUUGAUUGUCUCAGAGCGGUGUCUUGCUGCGCGCGCGUAAUAGCCUCCCAGUGUUCUCCUAUGGGAAAGCAAUUUUGAUUAUCUUAAGGCGCCAAUGCCAACAGACCCGCACAGACCUGGAAUAAAGGUGAGUAAACUCACCUUUCAAAUAGCUAACAGAGGCUAAACAUUGCUUUCACAGCUAUAGUGACAUGAAUACAGGUUUGUGUUCCUUUAAUAUAGUGCAUUGCUUGAAAUGCACAUUUACAUAUUUUUGCAUAGAUCUGUUGCUUCUACUGUUACCUUUCAUUUAAAAAAAAAAAAAAAAAAAACUCUUAAAGAAUGAUUUAAAUUUUUUUUUUUAAAAAUACCCUUAUCUAAAUGCCUUUUUGAACGUCUACAUUUCAAAAAGAUACUCUCAUGUGUGGUCAAACCGGUUCCAUGACAGCUAAUAAAAUGUAAAUACCAGAAUAUGAAAUUCAAUUGAUCUAGCUUCCCAGAGGCAGUAUCACUGGUGGGAUAGGGAGAUUAGGUGGUGGUUGCAUUUCUCUUCUGCACAUAUAUCAAACUGCUUCACCAAUUUCAGGUGUCAUAACUGCAUAUACUUAAUUGUAUCAAGCGGUAAGAGAGGUACUGCUUCAGAAAAAUGCACACAUUGCUUUCUCCUACAUUUGAACUGACCGAGAAAAACUAAUCUGGUUAAAUACAUGCAAAGACAAAGUUCGCUCUCUUGAGCCAUUCCAUUAGACAUGAUGUAUUAUUUUGACCCUUUUAAGGUCUAGAUGCUACACCAGGUUGUCAUUGUGUUCUUUGUUUUGUUUUUUUUUUUUUAUACCCUAUGGUGAAAUGGAAUGCUGUGUAUAUAAUAUAGUGGUUUAUUCUUUUGGAAUUGGAUUAUUCCAUAAAUAUAACCUUAAAUGCUUAAAGCUGUAUGUCUAUACAAUAGUCAUGGUAACUUGAGAAGUUUUUUCAUGUUGUGGUUGGAUCAGUAUUUAUUAAGGAUAUUUGUAAUUUAAGAGUAUUUUUGUAGUAAAUAUUUUUUCUUUUGCCUUUUUAGGUGUUUUGGCAUCCACGGUUGUGCUGAUGUUAUCACGAAGAGCACUUUUCAAGGUUUAUAUGAUCACCAUGGCCCUCAUAGUGGCUGCAAGUUCGAUGUUGGUGAAUUACUAUGCCACAAUGCACCUUAACUUUCACCGUGCCUAUCACUCGGUGGCAUUUGGGAUGGACUUCCUUCCACAAAAUGGACCCUCAUUGUGGAUGACACUCACUAUCUUGCAACUUUUUUUUGGGAUUGGAUUCCUUACACUGCUGGAGGUCCAGUCAGUCUACUCUCAACUAAUAAUACUGGAUCUUUUAAUCCCUGUUGUUGGUUUAAUAUUGGAACUUCCAAUCCUAGUGCAACAAGUGCUAGUGUCCAUUUCUGGCUUUGUUCUGGUCGGUUUCACUAUAGUAUGCUUGUCCAGCCGAUUUAAAUGGUUCUACUAUUCAACUCGCUAUACUGUCCUUCUGUUAAAGCAAAUGUACAGGAUUUAUGGACUACAGCUGAUGAUUGAAGAUGCAUGGAAAAAGAUUCACUUCCCCGAUGUCCUCAGAGUCUUCUGGCUCAGCAGACUCGCCACCCAGGCAGUAUUUUUAAUCUACUUGUUCAGGAUGUCCGCCAGUGAAACGGGGGAAGCCACUUACUUCAUACACUGGCAUGACAUUUGGGAACUUUUCUGCAACCUUAUAAUUAGUGGCUGCGACUCCACACUAACUGUGUUAGGGAUGAGUGCUGUAAUCUCUUCCAUAGCACAUUACCUGGGACUUGGAAUACUUGCUUUCAUAGGUUCAACAGAAGAAGAGGAUAAACGGCUUGGCUUUGUAGCCCCGGUUCUUUUUUUCAUUUUGGCCCUACAAACUGGUUUGAGUGGCUUAAAACCAGAAGAUCGACUUGUACGCCUUUGUCGGAACAUGUGCCUUUUGUUGACUGCCAUUUUACAUUUUAUUCAUGGAAUGACUGACCCAGUGUUGAUGUCACUCAGUGCCUCUCAUGUGUCCUCUUUUCGUAGGCAUUUUCCAGUAUUGUUUGUGUCUGUCUGUCUUUUCAUGUUUUCUGUUCUUCUCAGCUGCUUCUUGUGGCACUACUAUGCACUAAACACAUGGCUGUUUGCAGUGACCGCCUUCUGUGUAGAGCUGUGUUUAAAAGUAAUUGUGUCUCUCACAGUAUACACACUCUUUAUGAUUGAUGGUUACUACAGUGUACUGUGGGAAAGACUUGAUGACUAUGUCUACCAUGUGCGAUCAACUGGUAACAUAAUAGAGUUUAUCUUUGGAGUAAUCAUGUUUGGAAAUGGAGCUUAUACAAUGAUGUUUGAGUCAGGUAGCAAAAUCCGUGCUUGUAUGAUGUGUUUGCAUGCCUAUUUCAACAUUUACCUUCAAGCUAGGAAUGGAUGGAAGACCUUUAUCAACAGGAGGACAGCUGUGAAAAAAAUCAAUUCUCUUCCAGAAGUUAAAUUAUCGGAAUUGAGGGAGAUAGACGAUGUCUGUGCAAUCUGCUAUCAAGAAUUCCAAACUUCUGCCCGUGUUACGCCAUGUCACCAUUACUUUCAUGCCCUCUGCCUACGAAAGUGGCUGUAUAUCCAAGACACUUGUCCGAUGUGCCAUCAAAAAGUAUACGUGGAAGAAGACCUGAAAGACACUGCUUCAUUUUCUAACAAUAAUGGGUUUAUUGUGCUAAAUGAGGAGCCUGCUCAGGUUCCCGUAGACGAAGGUGCAGAGCCUGAAUUGGAGAACAGCCUUAGCGAAGACGAGAGUUCAGAGGGUGAUGAAGAAGAGUGGAAUAGUCAGCCGCGCACUUCCACUGCCGAAGAAUCUGUCAAUGACACUGACUCCAUGGGGGAUUAAACAUUAUUUGUAUUUAACAUUAAUUUUGCUGUUGUCUAAAUCAUUGAGAGGUUUAUUUGGGGCUACAGAGCAGAGAUUAAGCUUCCACUGUUUAAUUCUGAAAGCACAAGUUUUUUUUGAAUCUUGACGCAAGGGUUUGAACGGAACAUUUCUGUAAAGUGCUACUGUAAAUAUCUCUUGGUCUCUUUUGUGACCUGAUUAAAUGUGUACAUUCUUGUACAUGGAAUAAAAAGUUGAUUUUGCAUCACUUGUUUAAGACACCUUUUCAGCCGUGUGCAUCAGUCUCAUGGUUUUAAUGUCCUAUAACUGAGUAACCAUUAACUAUUCAUGCAGGUAUUCUGUUCUCUGCAUCAGGCUGAGACCAUGUGUACACAAUGUAAAAAAAAAGUAUCCUUUUUGGGUUUUUUUUGCAGCAGAGUAUUUCACAAAUGAGCCUUGGUCUCAAAAAAUGAUUAACACCAUGGUGUUAAUUAAAUAGCGCGUUAACUACAGAGUUUUAAAGUGUAAAAAGAAAAAUUGACCAUUUCAUAUCUGUUAAAUUACUGUUAGAUUAGUGAACCACUUAACCCAUGGUGUCCUAAAAAUAGACCCAAAUCUGGAACCUUGAGAAAAGUGUAAAUGAAGUCGCACAUUGCUAGCCCAAUGAGAAACAUCAGUCAAUUCACUGCACCAAAUGAAAGUCUGUACUAGAGAAAGAAGGGAGGGCUGGCAGUACUAUAGCUACUGAAAGAUGAUUUUUCAUAUAUCACCAAAAUAAAUGUACAUGGGUGUGAAAUUCCUAUUGCAGUUCCGGGUGUGAGGCAGAUUACAUCUUUUCGCCCUGCCGCAGGAAAGUGGCAAGACCGCUCCUGGGAGAAUAGGGUCUGAGCAGGGAGUGUGAGGUCUGUAUCUCCAUCAGGUGCAGACCUCCAUAAUCGCUACCUUGAGGUCUGGCCCUCUCAAGUGAGCCAGAAUGCAGCUGUCAGAACUAUCAGCACGCACUCUGAAUCACUGAAUGCUGAACUGCAAGGGAGAGAUUCUGAAAAAUUCAGUCCACAAUAACCCCCUAAAUCCCUCAGGCGGGUUUUAAAGGGUUCACCGUUAAACCACUAGGCAAGUUUUGACACCCUCUUACCCCCCCCAUGGACCACUAGAUUAAAACAUUGCAUGCAAAAAAUAAGACAGACCAUCCAUGAAAUCCAAGUAUAUAGAAAAAGCGGAUUGCUCACUUGCAUGUGACUGUUUUCCUUAGGAUUGUUCGGUACUAAUAUUCCACACACCACAUGAUCCAAAUGAAAAAUCCUGCACUCUUGAAUAUCUCCCCUCCCCAAAAAAUAUUUCCUGUUGAAUUAGUGUGUCAGAACAAGUAGAUUUGGGCUACUAUUUAUUUUAUUUUUUUUUGUUCUUUUUACUAUCCAUGCUGUAAUCUGUUGACACCAGGACUGCAUUUGUGAAGCUGCAGUCUAUAUCCUAGUAUUUGCUCUUAACUGAAUGUUAAAUUUUACCUUCUCUAAUGCCAUAAUCGGUUCCAUUUUAUUUUAUACAUUUUUGAAAUUAGAUGGAAUGGUAAUGGUUUGGUUUCUUUCUAUGCCAAUAUAUAAAAGUUUACUUAAAAAAAUGUGAUGGGAGCAACAUUGCGUACAGAGAUGGAUGUCUGAGAAGAAGGGCAGAACCUGGCCACCUACAGGACCCAGCUUAUUUUUAAACUGUUCAAAAAUGAUUUGACAAUUGGACAGUUCCAGGAAACUCCUGGCACCAUAAACAUCACAUCAUGCUCAGCCCAUGCAACCAUUUGUGAGCGAUCACUUCAUCAAUUGGAAACAAUGACUGUUGGGUUCCAAAACCGCCUCAAGGUACAUCAACAGUCUUGGAUUUAGACUUUUCACAAACCACUUCCAAUGAGGAUAAUGAUCAAAUAUGGACUUGUUCAUGUGCCUUGAGGAUUGGCUUGGGAACCUCUGUAGUAGUAAAAUCAUGAUGACUAUUGGUAUUCCUGUUUCUAAAAUAAACACGUGGGUUUUGUACAAUAACUGCUACUGUGGGAAAGUGUCUGUCAUUUGAUGCAGAUGCAUAUGUGAGAACCACUGCUUUUAAGGUAUUUUGAACUGCACAAAGUGUUUUAGGUUUUUUUGGGUGGAGUAGGAGUGAGUGAGUUAGGCAUGUUAGUCUUGACUAUGAGUUGCGGGGUGGGAGAGCACACACAAAAGCACUUUUUCAUAUCUCCAAAGCAAUGAGUAAUAAAUCUGUUGCUAACACCUCCAAGUCACAGUUGUUUGGUGUGCACAUUCUGUUACUUUGAGUUUACCCUCAAACUGUCUAGAAAAAAAGUCACAGAUCCAUUCUAGAUUAAGAAGAGAUGCAGAAAGCUCCUUGUGUUGACCACUUUGUAUUGGUAGUUCUUCACAGCUAAACAGAAAUUUAUGGUGAAGUAAUAAAUUUAGUCACAUGGAUCGAACUUACUGAUUCACUGCAUAGACUACUGUGCCAUUACCAAAAUAACAUUAUAUUGUGAGAUGCUGUAUAACUUUUACCUGGUUUGAAGGGUUUUAAUAAUGUGAUUAUCAUGAAAUGACUAUAUUAUAUUGGGAAUAUAUUUCAAAUUUCACAGCACACAUCUAUUAUAUAAAAUGGACAACUUGGUACAUGGAAGCAACAUUAGAUGGAAAUACAUAUCAUGUCCUCAUACUGUUAGCCAUCAUUGUUUUUCUAUACAUAAGUGUAGCAAUCAUUAAAGAGCAUUGUUCGGAAUUGAAACAGAAUUUUAAUGCCCAGUCUUAACAUAACCAAGCUGUGCAACUGAGAGACUUUUUAAAAUGGCAGACGUGUGUAUGUAUGUAUGUAUACACUUUUUUUAUUUUUAGUAAACAGACUUGAGCAAGCAAAAGCAACAACCACAGCAAUAUCACAUUUGCGACGAGUCUGCUUUAAGAUGCAUUCUUUCUUGGUAAUGUCCCAUUUAUGUAAGAUGAGGAAAAUGUGUCUAGUCAAAGCUAUGACACUGGAACAAAUUGUAAAGAUUGCUGGUGACCUAUGUGAACGUAUCAGGACUGUGCAUGGAUGAGGUCCACCGCCAGCCUAUUCCAAGACAAUCUGUUGACAUUCUAAGUGAAGGUUAAAGGCAAGUUUCAAUAAACCCACAUGCAAAAACCCCAAACAAACUGUUUUGACUAAAUACAUACAUUAUAAAUAGACUAUUUGGACAAACAACCCUACAGGGUAAACAAGGGUAUGGAACUUUAAAUUUUUGCUUCUUCCUUAUUUCAUACAGGGCUAUUUAUUGAAGUGAAUCUCAAAGUUAAGGCCAGAGUAGUCCAAAUAAAAGCAAUGCGAACUUAGAGCUUUUUCCCAGUUUGCUAUAUUGACCUUGAUUUUAAAACACACUUAGAAUUCUCACUUUAGUCGAACACCCAGUUAGUAUAGAUUUUGAUACAUACCUGCUGCUGAGCUCUAUGAAUACUUGAUUGAUGCCCGAAAGAAAAUAAAAUGCAGGCAGACACACACUCUCUCUUUCCCUUCCUUUCCGCCCGCCCGCCCUUUGGCUAUUGUGUGUCAUUUGUGGAUGCAGAUACUAGAGUCCAUUUCCGACUAAGUUUAAAAUGUGAUCAGCAAGUAGAAGUUGUACCAGUGCUCUGCGUCAGCCAGUCUGGUGUGGAUUCUGUGUCAUUCUAGCUAUUGCUUGGCUUCCUUCACAAACACUGCCACAUAGCGACUAGCAUGCUAAUUGAUUGCAGUAUCAGAAAGGUUCAUUGGAAAUAACAGACCCACUGCUGAUUCAUAGUGUAGAGAAACUCAUAAAUUGUGAAUAUAUUCAUAGGAAAGUUUUGUUUGGAUAGAGAUUAUAAUAUUUUUGACGACAUAAAUGGGAACAAGCUAAUGUGAUAAAUGAGUAAUUUAGCUACAUAUAUGUAAUCACAGUUACUGGCGGUAUAGUUGCCCACUCUACUUUCAUACAUUAAGGAGAAGCCUUUGUUUAGCUAUAAAAAAAAAAAAUAUUUCUGCAAAUUCUAUAGGGAAAGGGAAAUCACUUAAAUUUAUCAGCCAAUCCUGUUACUGUUUUCACUUCUGUGCAACACCCAUGAACCACUUUUCAGCUGUGCCAAAUAACCUUAUUCAUGAAAAUAGCAAACCAUGCAGUACCUUGUCUGUCAAUCUAGUUGGAUCUGAACUUGGUGAAUAUAGACUUGGCCUUUAAGGCUUCUUGUUGCAGUGUACUGCAUAUAUAGCUUUAAGAAAAACUGGGUUUAUUUGUUCUUAUUCUAAGCAACUGAGUUCUGACUACUGAAAUUAUCCAUAUAGUGAAACUGACUAACAGUACACAAAUAAAAACUUGUAUGUGCCGAGGUUACGGAUGGCUUGGUCUGGCCCGGAAACGUGUAAAAUACAUAUCACGUCUCAACCUAUGCUAAAAAGGAUGGAUUUUCCCGUGUGACAUAUCACUUAAAGUAUUCACGUGUUACCAGGCACAUGACCAUUAUGUGCAGACACUGUAUAGACCAUACAUAUCAAUAUCUUGGGUUGAAUAUUCAUGAUUAUAUACCACUGUCAUCUGAGUGAUAAGCGAGGUGUACUUUCAAUACACAAUGUAUAGUAAGUAUUGUGUUCUGAACAGUGGUGUGAAAUACUAAAAGUCAGGCAAUUUCACUCCCAGAAUGAAAGCAGAGGAGUCUGGGAUUUAGUUCUGAGCAUUGUGGGAUGAAAGUACAUCUCGGUGAGCGGAUUUACUUAAAAAGGAACAUUUAACUACAGGUUUUCUAUUGAUUUAAUUGGAACAAUGUAUAAAUGACAUUAUGUAACUUACCGGAAGCUUACGUAGUCACCAACUGGUCUCUAUGUACUGCUAAAUAACAAUGUAAUGUGAACGGUUUGAAAUACAUGUUCACCGCUCAGGGAUGGAAACUUACCAUAUAUUUAUAAGAAAAUACAAAUUCAAAAAAGGGAAAAUGUCUAAUAUAAUUUGUUUGAAAAUCUGUUUACUACUAAAUGGAGUCUUAAAAAAAAAAAAAAAAAAGAUUUUUAAUAUAUUGUAUAAAAACUGCCUUAAGCACUGUGGCAUGAAUUAUUGUAUAGUUGCUGAUCUGUAUACAACUAUGUUGUAUUGUUAGCAUUAAGUUACCAACUGCCUUUGUUUGCAACACUAAGCCCUCAAUAAAUCUAUUUCCAGUGUUACUUUACAGUCAACCAAACUGUCUCAGCAGUAUUAAUUCCCGUUGGCUAUGCCUUAGCCUACCACUAUCAAUAUUUUGAUAAUGUGCACAUAGCAAGACAUGAUUUCUCCAUGAGUGUCAUAGAUCUGAGUAAAAUAUGAUUGUGUUUAUUGGAUUAUUGACCACAAAUAAAACUACUCAGACAUUUCUAACGAUCCUGUAAAGUUCUACAUGUGUGGGAAAAAUACUUUCAUAGUGUUGUUGUAGAGGAUCUUCGAUAGUUCUAGUGGGUCCUCUUCUCUAGCCAAAGCCAUAAUUUCGAGCACCUGU